AUGGGUGAGGACCGUGAGAAAGACGGCGGUAAUAACAAGGCGGCGGACGGCGGAGGAAAGAAGGUUGAUGGGCCGAUCACCGCCGUGUUGGGGCUCGACUUGCACUGCGAAGGUUGCGCCAAGAAAGUCAAACGGGCGGUUAGCCAUUUCGAAGGUGUGGAGAAAGUAAAGGCUGAGUGCGCGUCCAACAAGUUGACCGUGACCGGCGAUGUGGACCCCACGGGGCUCCGCGAGCGAGUCCAAUACAAGACCAAGAAGAAGGUGGACCUCAUCUCCCCUCAGCCCAAAAAGGACGGCGGCGCCGGCAACAAGGCCGGCGAGAAAUCAAUUAAGAAAGCCGCCGAGGAAAAAAAGGCCAGCGAUGAUAAUAAGAAACCCAAAGAGCCUGCGGUGAGCACAGUGGUAAUGAAAAUCAGAUUGCACUGUGAUGGUUGCGCGCAUAAAAUAAAGCGGGUGGUCAUGAAGAAUAUUGAGGGGGUCGAUUCGAUAAAAAAUGAUUUCGACAAGGAUUUGGUCACGGUCACGGGCACAAUGGACGUGAAGGAACUCACGGCUUAUUUGCAAGAAAAGCUCAAACGAAACGUAGAAAUUGUUCCACCGAAAAGAGACGCCAACAAGGAAAAAAACGGUGGUGGUUUGGAUAAAAAGCCUGAUUUUUCCGGCAAGGAAUCAAAGCCUGCCGCCACCGGAGAAGGAAGCAAGGCCGGCGAAGGUACCAAAUCGGAGGUCAACAAAUCGGAGUACAAUAGCUUUAAUCCACUAACUCACUAUGCCUUGCCAAUGUACAACCAAAGUUAUGCCAAUCAAGAUUAUAACGGCUUGGAUGUUCACUAUCCUCAUGGUUAUGCUAACCAUGGUUAUAGUAAUUUUAACUACGGUUAUCCUCAUAUGGGUUACGCCGUGCAGUACUCGCAAGGGCCGCCACCUCCUCCACCGACGUGCAUGAACAUAAACGAUCGAGUGUUCAGCGAUGAAAACCCUAAUGGAUGCUCCCUAAUGUAA